AUGUCCCUGGGGUACGCCGAGAAGCUCUCCUUUAAGGAGGACGUCGGGGGCAGCUUGGGCGCACCGGAGGUUUUCGAUGCUGCCACCGAACUUGCCCAGAGCAUAGAGAAACUCAUCCAGCUCGUGUCGGAGGCAAGGAGCAUCAUCGCCUUCACAGGGGCUGGGAUCAGCACCAGCACGGGCAUCCCGGACUUCAGGGGUCCAAACGGUGUCUGGACGGCGCAGAAGUUGGGAACGGCCCUCCCAAAAGCCACAGUUGAAUUUGCCAAUGCUGCGCCAUCGCUGACACAUCAGGCUCUGCUGGCCUUGCAUGGCACCGGCAAACUUAAGUACCUUGUCAGUCAGAAUGUGGAUGGCCUGCACCGACGGAGUGGGUUCCCUGCCGCGGCCUUGGCGGAGCUGCAUGGCAACUGCUUUCUGGAGCGCUGCAGCACAUGUGGAGCAACCUUCACUCGUGACUUUGAGGUCGAAACGGUUGGCUUUAUGGAGACGGGACGCUUCUGUGAGGUGCAGGGAUGCCGUGGGCCCCUCACAGACACCGUACUAGACUGGGAUGAUGCCCUCCCUGCGAAGGAGUUGAAGGAAGCAGAGCUCCGUGCCAAGCAUGCGGAUCUGGCCAUCUGUCUGGGGACCAGCCUCCAGAUCCGGCCGGCUUGUAACCUGCCUCUGCGAACUGUGAGAGUCUACAAGGACCGUCCCCAAGCUGGGAAGCUGGUCAUUGUCAACCUGCAGCGCACACAGCACGACAAGAAGGCGUUGACGUCUGGUGGUCUCGUGAUUCAUGCCCGGACAGACGACGUGAUGCGCGGCUUGAUGGCCGGGCUGCACAUGCAAGUACCAGAAUACAAGCGGCUGGACACAUUUGUCCUUGAGGUGGCGCUCAUCGAGCAGGAGGCCAAGAGGGUGAAGAGCCCCAUGACCAUGACUGAGAAGAUCAUCGCCAACCACUCAGACAGCUCCGUGGUCAGGCCCGGCUCCAACAUCUGGACCCGGGUGGACAAGCUGAUGACCCACGAUGUGUGUGGCCCAGGCACCUUUGGCAUCUUCCAGAAGGAGUUUGGCGAGAAUGCAGAGGUCUGGGACCGCGAGCGCGUGGUGCUCAUGCCGGACCACUACAUCUUCACCUCCGACGAGCGUGCCAACCGCAACGUGGACAUCCUGCGCGACAUGGCGAAGCGUUACAACAUCAAAUACUUUUAUGACAUCACUGACCGCUCGGACUUCCGGGCCAACCCGGACUACAAGGGCGUGUGCCACGUGGCCCUGGCCCAGGAGGGCCACUGCAAGCCGGGGGAGGUCAUGUUUGGCACAGACUCCCACACCUGCAACGCCGGGGCGUUCGGCCAAUUCGCCACGGGUGUGGGGAACACCGACGCUGGCUUCAUCCUGGGGACAGGAAAGCUGCUGAUCAAGGUGCCGCCCACCAUGCGCUUCGAGAUGGUGGGCCAGAUGCCGCCGUACCUGCUGGCCAAGGACCUCAUCCUGCACAUCAUCGGCGAGAUCUCGGUGGCCGGCGGCACGUACCGGGCCAUGGAGUUCAGCGGGGAGGCCAUCUCCAACAUGAGCAUGGAGGAGCGCAUGACCAUCUGCAACAUGGUGAUCGAGGCCGGCGGCAAGAACGGCAUGUGCCCCCCGGACGAGACAACAUUCGACUAUGUCACCCAGAGGACCUCCGAGCCCUUUGAGCCCGUGUAUGCUGACAGCGCAGCGCAGUACGUGGAGAGCUUCAGGUUCGACGUGUCCAAACUGGAGCCGACGGUGGCGGCGCCCCACUCCCCUGACAACCGGAAGCUUGCAAGAGAGUGCCGCCACGUCAAGAUCGACCGCGUCUACAUCGGCUCGUGCACUGGCGGGAAGACGGAAGACUUCAUGGCGGCAGCAAAGCUGUUUCAUGCCGCGGGGCAGCAGGUCUGGGCAGAUGUAUAUGCCCUGCCAGUCCCUGGGUGUGGUGGCAAGACCGCAGCCCAGAUCUUCGAGGCGGCUGGCUGCAUCACCCCAGCGGCGCCCUCGUGCGCGGCCUGCUUGGGGGGCCCACGCGACACCUUUGCACGCAUGAACGAGGCCCAGGUCUGCGUGUCGACGACCAAUCGCAACUUCCCGGGGCGGAUGGGGCACAAGGAUGGGCAGGUGUACCUGGCCUCACCCUUCACAGCAGCAGCCUCGGCCCUGGCUGGGCAUGUGGCUGACCCGCGAGACUACAUGUGA